UAGCUUCUCUCUGUAAGUUUGAUUGACGAUUUCAUGCCACUGUACACACCAAAAUUGAAUGAUUAACACUAAUCUUUGAUUUCUUUCCCGAGCUUGAUCCACACUUAGCCAGCUUCGUCAAAGAUGAUGAACGUCGACGACGUCCAAGGUGUUAACGAUAACAAGGCCGAUCACGAAGAUAUUCAACUUCCUGGGUUCCGGUUUCAUCCUACUGAUGAAGAGCUCGUAGGGUUUUAUCUUAAACGCAAAGUUGAAAAGAAACCCCUAAGAUUCGAGCUUAUCAAACAGAUUGAUAUUUACAAAUUUGAUCCCUGGGAUCUCCCGAAAGCUAGCAUGGUGGGGGGAGGAGGAGAGAGUGAAUCGUACUUCUUCUGCAAACGAGGAAGGAAAUACAGGAACAGCGUGAGACCAAACAGGGUAACAGGGUCUGGUUUUUGGAAAGCAACCGGCAUUGACAAGCCUGUUUAUGCUCAAACAGGUGAUCAUCAAGGCCUUGCCUGCAUUGGGUUAAAGAAAACCUUAGUGUAUUACCGUGGAGCCGCCGGAAAAGGGACCAAAACCGAUUGGAUGAUGCACGAGUUUCGUCUUCCUUAUCCCCAUGAGAGUACCACUGUCGUCGCCUUUUCCAAUCCCAAAUUUGCUGCACAAGAAGCUGAAGUAUGGACCAUAUGUCGAAUCUUCAAGCGAAAUUCAUCACUCAAAAAACACAAACAAGAUUGGAGACAAGUCACAGCAAAACGAGCUUCACUGACAACAGCGCCAACCUCUCAAACAUGUAGUGUGGAGUCCAAAUCCAACGUUCAAGGGAAGUACAUUACCUUCGGUUCUCCAUUUAUAGUAGAUUAUCAUCAUCAUAACGACGAGGAGAAGCCAUCAAUGCUUGUGAAUCAUCAUAAUAUAAGUGGAAAGAACCAAAGCCAAUGGCAUGUUACAGAUAGAAUGAGUAGUGCUGCAAUGGCUCAAAUACCUUCAUCAAUGGCGGCAUCAUCUUCUAGCUUUUCAAACGAUGAUUUCUUCACUGAGGCCAAUUGGGAUGAGCUGAAAUCAGUUGUGGAGUUUGCUCUUGAACCCUUUCCUAUGUAAAUAUAUAUAAUAUGCUUUAUAGGGUUGCACCUUUUUUUUUAAUUUUGAUGAUGAGGGAAUAUUAUUAAUUAAUAAUUAGUUGCUAAUUUUAUAUUUAAUAAUGGAAUAUUUUAUAGAGACUGACAUGGAUGUACUCCAGUUUUUUUUUUUUUUUUUGUAAGUAUCUUUCUUUAUUUUUA